CAAUUUGUUCUGGUUUCCAUAAAUGGAACGUCACUUGUUGUCUGUCACGAAUUAAUUUACAAUUUUAUUAUUUUUAGAAGAAAUUAUCGUAUUUAGAGGAAAAAGAAUCAGCAAACAGCAUCAUGGCGAGUGAGAGCAGCUCAGCGGUGCUGGAGCUGAACGACGCUGAUGCUGAAGACACGGAGGCUACCACCGUGACUGAUGAUGCUCACGAGGGAGUACCGCUGAUUAUGGAACACGGAUAUGACAUCGCUGUUAAGGUGGACGCUCCGAUGAAGCAGUUGUCGACGUUAGAGACGUACGUGACGUACAGAGUGCGCUGUGUCUGCGCUCGGUGGCCGACACCGCCUUAUGUACGGAGGCGAUAUAAUCAUUUCAAGGUCCUCCACCGUCGGCUGAGUACGUCUCACCCCCUCCUCGCCCCCCCUCCGCUCCCCCCGCUACACUCCGCGCGACAACAGCUCGACAGAUACUCGCCAUCAUUCGUCGCUCUACGGACCUGUGCGCUUAAUGCUUUCCUGGAACGAGUAGCGAAGCACCCAAUUCUGACACACAGUGAAGAUUUCAGAAUAUUUCUGACUACACCUGAUGAUGAAUUGGAAAAGGUAUUUAAAAGUGAAAAUAGCGCGCUAAACCUGUGGGGGUUCAGCAGCGCCCUCUACGGCUCCGGUGAAACGAAAACUACGAAUGGACCACGAGUAAAAGACCCAGAGUUCACGUCAGCGGCGGACUACCUACAGUCCCUCCAACAGAAGCUGAGCACCCUCUGUUCCCUGACGACCAAGUUACAUAAGAGUUCCCUCGCACUCAGCACUGAGUAUACCGCUAUGAAACGCGCCUGUGACGCUUGGACGUCCCAAAGUUCGGGUUUAACAGCGCGGGGGACGGCGGGAUGCGCGGCGGGAGCGGCACGGGCGGGGGGUGCCGGGGGCGGCCCGGGGGGACGACCCCCUCUACAGUCGAGGGCACUACUACCUUUACUAGCAGCAUACGCAGCCGCUCAUGUACAGAAGAUAUCGCAAAGGGAUCAGAUACAUGCUGCAUACGUUGCGGGGACCAAUACGACAGAUGAUCUGCAUAACAGGUUAGAACAGGCGUCAGAAGCUCUCCGGUCCGAACUAUCGGACUGGAUACCAAAAACAAGAUCAGAAAUCAAAGCCCUACUCCUAGAUUUGACUGACAGGCAAGUCAACCAAUACACCCAAGCGGUCCACGGCUGGGAACAGGGCCUCAAACUAGCAAGCGAAACAAAUAUAGGCGAUAUUUUCAAAACAGUUUCAAAAACAGCUGUUCAGAACUUAUCUCCGUCUCGCUGUCUAUCAGAGAUGACGCCGACAGAAACUGAACGAGAUUUAGAUGAUUACAGCGAAGAAUUUGAUCCAACAAGCCAUGAAGAUUUUGAUAAUCAUGUCUUAGAUGAUGCUAGCGAGAAAAUCGUUGCUGAUAAUCAAAUCGAUGGUGAGUCGAAUCUCGAAAGUACUGUUAAAAGUAGUGAUGAUGUUUUAAAUGAGAUUUUAGAAGAUAGUAAAGCUACUGAUGUUAGGCCUUUGGAGUCAAAAAAUGCUAGUACAACUGAUCCUUUAAGAGAUUUCACCGAUGUUGAUCUAUCAUGAUUUUAUGAUUCCAUUUUUUAUGGUCUUCUCAAAGAUUUUUAGCAAAGGGACUGGCAGAGAUGUAAGUUAGGUAGCAAAUUAAAAGGUGUACCCCAAGGUUUUUCACUUGGACCAACUCGAAUUUUUGCGUGGAUUUUAGUGUGUAAAUUGAGUAAUUACAUUUGAUAUUGUGUUAAAUAGGUUUUGAAAGAUUGGGAGUAAAAAAAUAUAAUGUUCAGUCAACUGAUUUUAUUUAAUAAAGAUGUUUUUUGUGGUAAAAAAUGCUAAUGGCCGUUUUUACCAAUGACCCCUUAAGCUGUCACUUAAGUAAGAGUCACUUUGCGUGAUGAAGUACCUAAACUAGCCUAGCUUACGUGUACUGUGAAGUGUCAUUAAUAGGUUGGUGAAAACAUGUCAUUAACUAUCACCUAUAUUAGCUUAGGGGUUCAUUUAGUGGAAACGGUCAUUAAUUGCUGUCGAUAUAUUAGACACGAUAGAAAAGAAGAACACACAUUAUGUCUCACUUAGUUCUGCGUUUCGAGACUUCACAGGUUAAUAGACUGGAGUUUCAGAAUAGGUCUUCCUCUUUCAAAUAGUGCCUAAAUCCACCAGUCCCAGGUUUCAUAAAUAUAGCUAGAAUUGGGAGGAAAGAAUCGGAGCCACUAACGCUUUUUUUAAAUAUAUAACUGAAAAAAAAAUUUCUUCUGCAAAAAAUAAUAAACUACCUUGUUGGCCGAGUG